UUUACAAAAAAAUAAUUAAAAACUGGCAAAUUUUAUAAAAAAAUAAAUAAAAACAAACAAAAUAAAAAUUUUCAUACACAACUUGUUGGCUAAAAAAUUCUACAAAAAUUGUGCGCUUUAAACAAGUUGUUGUAGCCAACUACGGCCACACCCAUCACUAUACAACGCCUCCGCAAACAACACCGACAACGAGUCACCACACCACAAACAACACCAACAAAAUGCAUCUCACAACCACAACAACAAAUGGCACGGCCAAUACCAACAAUACGGCCACAGCCAAUAAUAACAACAACAAUAACAAUAGCCAGAAUAACAACAACAACAGUUCUUCAAAUACAAAUUCCAAUAACAACAACAACUCAUCAAAUGGCAACAACAACAGCACAGAACAAAAUACUCCGCCCACAGCAGCACAACUACUCAAUGAGGCCUAUACUAAAAUGACUUCAGACAUUUUAGCCGAACGUACGCUCGGUGAUUUUCUAACCGAACACCCGGGUGAACUAAUACGCACCAGUAGUCCGCUGUUUGUCUGCACUGUGCUACCGCCACACUGGCGUUCCAAUAAAACGCUACCGGUAGCAUUUAAGGUUGUUUCUUUAGGCGAUAUAAUGGACGGUACUAUGGUGACGGUAAGAGCGGGCAACGAUGAGAAUUAUUGUGCCGAAUUGAGAAAUUCGACGGCAGUGAUGAAGAAUCAAGUGGCUAAAUUUAAUGAUUUACGUUUUGUGGGACGCAGUGGUAGAGGGAAGAGUUUUACAUUGACAAUCACAGUUUCAACAAAUCCGCCCCACAUUGCCACCUACAAUAAAGCCAUUAAAGUCACCGUCGAUGGACCCCGGGAACCACGUUCAAAAACCAUGUUAUCAAUUUUAGGACAACAGCAACAAUUUCAUUUCGCUUUCGGCCAAAGACCUUUUCAUUUUUCAACGGAUCCUCUAUCCGGUUUUCGUAUGCCACCAAUUGGCAACUGUCAAAGUGCCAGCAAUACACACUGGGGUUAUGGUUCUGCAACCGCCUAUUCACCCUAUUUAGCCAGCAGUGGUUUAUCAUCAUGUACAACACCAACUUCAGCACAAUUUAAUAAUCCAGCUUUGGGUUUCUCCUGUUCAUCCAAUGAACAGCCGAAUAAUCAAGAUUUUACAGGAGCUUCCAAUAGAGAUUGUGUGCCAAUGUUACCGGACUCUACAGCCUCCGAUUUGGAUCAACAUUUAAGUAAUCUAGUGGGUUCUACUACCGGACAAAUGACACAUCAUAGUUUAUUGGGCUCUACCGGACAAACUGCUAUUUCAUCGACGGUUAAUGGUGGUGCAGUGGCGGGUACAAAUUCGAUAUUAGUGCCGCGUUAUCAUAAUACCAACAACGAUUACAAUGUACAUUCAAGUCAAAAUGGUCCACGCAGUUUAAGUGAUUCUUCUCAAGCUGAGUCACCGGUGCAGGAGGAUUUACUAUCGACUAACACACCCAAUUUGGGAGGUACUAAUGGUAAUGCUACCGCAAAUGGAGGCACGAAUAGUAAUUCGAAUGGUUCAGCCAAUAAUUCGUUGGUGGGAGCAAAUCAGAAUUUCAGCGGUAUUGUUAAUCAAACACAAAACCCAGCAGCUUAUGGUGGGGCAACUGGUACGGGUGUGGGAGUGGGUGGAGGACAUACUGGUGCUGCAGGUGCUGGCUGUAAUGGUUCUUUAUAUCCUGUCCUACCGGCUAGUUUAUUGUAUUCACAACUUUAUACCGCCGCCAAUCAAUCGCAUGGUUUCCAUUCUCAUGCCUUACCCUCCCAUACUUCCCCCAAUUCCACAGUCCACGGUGAAUUGCAAAGUGUUAUGGAUCAUAUCAGUAAUGUGGGUGUAAGACAACAGCAUAAUAUCAUGUCCGGUGGUGGAGUCACCCAUCCUGGGGAUUUGACCUUAAUAGGAAAUUGUGGGGCUUCGGUAAGAAAUAUAGAAGAUGGUAAUACUAAUCGACAAUUGACCGCCCUGGCUGCUCAUCGUGGUCAUCAUAAUCCAGCUGAUAAUGGGGGUAGUGUUUGGCGGCCAUAUUGAGGUCAGGUGCUUUGGUGCGGCUCGGCUGUCCUUUAGUGUUACGAGAAUCCAGCGGAAGAGAGUACGGCUGUAGGUACAGAGAGCAAGCACUGGUAAGAAGAAAUCUAAAGUUGAAAUAAAUAAAUAAGUGUGAUUUUUGUAAAUAGUUGUAUAAAUAUAGAGAAAACUAGUUCAAUAUUUAAAAAGAAAUUAAAAGAAAAUCCAAAAUUUUAGUUAAUUUAUUUCAAAUUCAAUUACCACAUAAGACUAACAAGAGUUUUAGACAAAUGAAAAAAUAUCAUUUGAAUAACGUACUCGUAUCAUUGUUAAAUUGAAUGUUGAAUUUUGCGUAAAAAAGAAACCCCAAAAAAAAGAAAAACUAAAUAAAUUUUUGCAAAACCACUUUAAACAGAGCGCAUCUAAGUUCCUAAAAAGAAUUAAAAGAAUUUUAAGUUUAAUCCUUUAUAUGAUUUUUAAACUAAAUCUUGUAAUUUAUUGUAAAUAUCCUUUAUUAAAUCUAUCUUUCUGUUUAUUUAACUGUAAUAAAUGUGCAAUUUGUUUUGUCGGUUUUUAGUUUGUUAAAUGAUUUUCUAAUAAAAUUAAUUAAAUUAUGUAUUAAUUACAA